CAGCCGGGGGCGAGCGGGCGGCGUUCCGCCCGCCGCAGCUUCCCCGCGAGGCCGGGCUUUACACGAAAGUGGGGACGAGGUAAAGGGGCCGAGGGGCUGAGCGAAGAAGAAAGCGACACAAACCCUACGUCCUGUCCGGAGAGAGACGCCGGCAGCCCCGCCAUCAUCACCUUCCCGGUUCCCCGCGCCAACGCUCGGAUCUCCCCCGCCGCAGGACAAGAGGCGGUGCGGCCGCGGGGGAGGAGCUGAGGCAGGCGGGCUCCAGUGCUCAAAAAAAAAAAAAUGCUUUUGAACAAAGAAACUUUAUUUGGUGCCCCAGGGACAGACAAACAAUGACCGGCUGGAGGCCUGGGAGAUCUUCCGGGGACGAAGGCGGGGAAAGCGAAGGGCAGCAGGAGAAGCGGAAUAAGGAAGCAGGGCGGAAGGCGGAAGCAAGCAGGAACCGCUUGGGAUGCAGUCAUGUCAGCCAGACUUCUCCGGGCCCUGGCCGGGUCUCGCUGUGUCUUAUCAAAAGCCCGCCAGUGCCAAAGAGCCAUCCAUCGCACGGGAAAACCGCUCAAGGGAUCUGAGAGUGCGGCACGUGGCACCUUGACGAGAAGCCGAAACCUGGAUCUGUUCUUUCCCGACACAGCCGCCGCCGGUGGUCGGACCGAGUCCCAGAUUCUGGAAAGGAACCGGAACAUACCAGGCACAAACAUGUUCUCUGCACUAAACACUGCACGCUGCCAGGAGGGGCGAGCGCACCUUCCGUCCGGGAAGUCGGGUGCCCACUGGAAGGCGACUCACAGACCAGCUCUGUUAGGUCGCCAGUGGUUUAGAAGAAUACUAGAGAGGCAUUACUCCUCUGCAUCCACGGAAACAGUUGUUUCUAAACAAGACUUUCCGCAAAUCAAGAGACCACUGAAAGCAUCGAGGACCAGGCAGCCGUCCAGGACCAACCUUCCUGUUCUGUCCCUGAACGAGGACCUGAUGCACUGCACGGCGUUUGCAACUGCGGACGAGUAUCACCUCGGCACUCUUUCUCAAGACCUGACCUCUCACGGAUACGUUGAAGUGACGAGCUUGCCUAGAGAUGCAGCAAAUAUUUUAGUGAUGGGUGUGGAAAAUUCUGCAAAAGAAGGUGAUUCUGGAACAAUGUUCUUCUUCAGGGAAGGAGCUGCUGUGUUCUGGAAUGUGAAGGACAAAACUAUGAGCCAUGUGUUGCAGAUUCUAGAAAAACAUGAAAGCCAGCCCUAUGAAAUUGCAUUGGUGCACUGGGAAAACGAAGAGCUCAACUACAUAAAAACAGAGGGGCAGUCUAAACUUCACCACGGGGAAAUCAGGUUGAAUUCAGAGCUAGAUUUAGAUGACGCCAUUCUAGAGAAAUUUGCCUUCUCGAAUGCUCUUUGCCUUUCAGUGAAACUGGCUAUUUGGGAGGCAUCACUGGAUAAGUUUGUGGAGUCCAUUCAGUCAAUUCCAGAGGCUUUAAAAGCUGGGAGGAAAGUGAAACUGUCUCACGAAGAAGUUAUGCAGAAAAUGGGUGAACUCUUCGCCCUAAGACACCGUAUAAACUUGAGUUCGGACUUCUUGAUCACGCCUGAUUUCUACUGGGACAGAGAAAACCUAGAACAGCUUUAUGAUAAAACCUGCCAGUUCCUAAGCAUUGCUCGUAGAGUUAAGGUCAUGAAUGAAAAACUUCAGCACUGCAUGGAGCUAACAGAUAUAAUGCGGAACCACCUGGCGGAGAAGAGGGCACUCCGCCUGGAGUGGAUGAUCGUCAUCCUCAUCACCAUAGAGGUAAUGUUUGAGCUGGCUCGAGUAUUUUUCUAACCAAGUGAUGACCAAAGGAAAAGUAUCAUUGCAAGACAUAUUCAAGUUCUACAAUCAAAAAUAAAUGUUCACUGUUGGGGAAAAUCUAUUUAAUAGGUAUUUAAUUUUUUUAAAUCAAGUCGUUAAAAUCUUUUUCAGCUUCUUAAAUGUAUUGCUGCUUUAAUAAAAAUGAAGAAUCUAGUGUUUGAAAGGAAAAUGUUUUAUUUAAAGACCUUUGGAUAAACUUAGCAUCUAGGAACUCUGGGUGAAGAAACUUAUUACAGCAUAAGGCUUAGAUUUUAGACACUGCUCAUCUCUCCCCAGGGAAUCCUAAUCAUGGCCCCAGCUAAGCAGACCUCAGGAAUGUUAAAAUAAACAUAUAGAGUAAAACAGGCAAUUUGUUGAUAGAAUUUCAUAAACCAAUUUUAGAUGGCAAAAUUUGAGGGUGAAUGUUCCCUGGCACUUUGUGUGUUUUACUAAUAAUUUCCAUCCCCUCUCUAUGAAGUUAGUCAGAAUAUUCUUCCCACAGAAGCAUAUAUUUUUUUGUUUCACACAUACUUUAGGGAAUUUAAAAAAUACCAAGUACAAAGAAUUUAAUAUUUAUAUGCUUACCAUCUUUAAUUUUUUUAAAAAAGCAAAGCCUUCAUCAUUUAUUUUUAUGCAUAACUGCCCCACCACAGUGAAUUUAAAGUUCUAUUUUUCUCAUACAUAUUGAUGAGAAAAGGAUUAUUAUUCUGUUCAAAAUUGGGACACUGUCAUUUUGCCACUUGUUUAGCUGCUAUGCAGAAUCCACCAAGAAAAGUCACAUUCAGCACCCCACAAGAAUUCUCCCCAGGUAGGAGUCUUCCAUCUAAGGUACCUAUACCCCGCGAGCACCUAAGGCUUUCCAAGGAGCAUGUGGGCAUAGACCUCAAGAACUGCUUUCUAGACCCUCAAGUUCUGUAUGAGCACCUCCAUGGACGUGCUGCGCUGCGCACACGCUUGUGAUCAGCUAUCAAGCCUGUCCUCCUUUCCCCUCUUCCCUUCUCACGUUGUACAGAAGGCAUCUCCCUGCCGCUGGAACCUGAGUUUGGCCCACUGUAUUUAAAAACCUUCGAGUAUAUUUAACCUUUGGGAAGCCAAACAGGAGGACAAUUUGAAAUACUGGUCAACAAAGCAUCCUUUAAUAAUGUUAUCCCCUACCUAAUAAGAGGGGAAUUUAAAUAAAUAAGUAGUUUGACUCCAAGUA